AUGUCUUAUUCCGCUGCGGAAUUAUUUGAAGACAAGUUUCUGCCAAAGCAAUGGCAAGAACAGCAGAAAGAUCGCCUUGUUGGACGGUUUGCUGAUGUAACUAUCGUGGUUAAAGAUCGCAUGAAGUUUAAGGACCACAAGCAAGUACUCGAGGACCGCUUUCCUGAGAUGAAAAUCGCUCUCCGUUACGCAUGGUCUCUGGAAUGUCCGACCGUGCCUCCGAGGUAA